AUGCCGAAAAGCUCACAAGCCACAAAUGUGAAAGCCCCAAAAGCGCGCUCAAAGACAUUUACGGGCUGCUGGACUUGCCGGGCCCGCAGGGUCAAAUGCGACGAUGAGCGGCCCCAUUGUCUUCGCUGUACCCGAAGCGGUUGGCAGUGUCAGGGGUAUGGUUUGCGUCUGGGAUGGUCUCAAACGCCAGGAACUCGGUCGCAACGGCGGCAGAUAUGGUUAUCUGCUCCACAAUCAACGCCGGACUUGUCCUCAGUGGCUGUGACGGCUCUUUUAGCAGAGCUAGAUGAAUGGUCUGGGGAUGGCUCGUCCCAGCAACGAGGGCCUUUCACCGUGUUCUCCACGUCAAGCCCUGGAUCAGAUGAGUGUAUAUCUGCAGAUGAUGGGGAGAAGAAUGGCGCAUAUUCAUCACCCUCGCAUGGUACGGAGAGUGCUGGCUAUGCCGUUGAUCGAAGCAUCUCAACCUCGGAUCAGUCAACCACUAAUGGUGAUUUCAUAACUGCGCCGUCGCCGGAACAUAAUAUUGAGGUAUCGAUUUCUACAAGUGCUUUGUCCUCCAUGUCCAGCGAUGACAAGCGGCCCUCGCCGAUGCCAUCCGAGUCUCCCGGUUCAAGUGACAGUGAUCGGACUGAGCUGCUCUCACUGGCCGAUCGCCAGAAUCCCGAGAAGCAGCAUGGUCUUGAUGAGAACCAAGGCAAAGAUCUGAUACCGAUACAAUCAUUAUCGAGGAAUAUCUACCCCAGGAUAGCCAUCAAUCCUACACAACUCCCAAGACCCGAAACUGAACUCGUUCAUCACUGGGUGGUCUUUCUCAGCGGCAACAUGCUGCUAAUUGAUACACCCGAUAACCCCUGCAGGACGAUAUUCAUGCCAAUGGCCCUCAAAGGGCUUGAUGCAGCCCCAAAUGAGUCUAAUAUCCAUCUCUCCAUAUUCCAUGCUAUAUGUGCAUCCUCCGCCUUCAGCCUUUUCCACCUCCGCCGAGAUCCACGAUAUCAAUCUGUAGCCAUGUACCAUGACCAACUCGCUCUGCGCCAUUUACGCCAGAAUUUACAACGAGCCAAACGACUGGACGAACCCACAUUGGCUGCUGUGCUCACUUGCAUUACCGCCGAAGCAAUGUCUGGGCGCAGAAGCCGGUGGAGAGCACAUGUUGCUGGGGGACUUGGCCUUUUAGAAAACGAGAUCCAUGGAGGCUGGGUUCCAGGGCCUAUAGCUUCUCGCUUGUUACAAAGCUAUUUGUCUCUAUCAUCACUCUGCAGUCUACCCAUGUCGUCGCAGCUGAUGUCCUUACUGGAUGGAUCAUCAGAUUUACGGCACUAUUUGGAACGAUCGCAUGGCAUUACCGCAGCCUUGGUCCAAUUUCUGGCACACAUCACAUUCCUCGCCGACUCAUACUCUGAAAUUUCGAUGGAGGAGCUGGAUCGUCUCGAGCUGCAGCUCUACCUCAAUUUCCCAUCCUCAUCCACACCCGAUGCCCCGGGAUCAAUCAUCAUACAACAUGCACUCAAUUCUUUCUACUAUGCCACCAUAAUCUACUUCCGCCGAACACUGCGUCAUGCACCACUUUGCGAGAUUCAAGAUCUGGUAGAGAAAGCCGUUCAAGAGUUGGAAGCCGUUGAGUCCUUAAGCAAUGAUAAAGGAGGCUGUGCCUACAACUGGGCCAGCUUCGUCGUCGCUGCUGAAUGCGAACGUGCGGAUCUCCAAGCCCGCAUGCUGGCUUCAUUUGACCGCAAGAGCCGCCAUGGCAUACAAAACAUUAACAUACUUGGCGAAAUUGUCCGAGAGCUCUGGCAGAGACGUGCACAGGCUCCAGGGAAGGAUAUCCAUUGGCAGGAGAUUGCUAAAGAGGCAGACUUUGAUAUUAUGCUCGUAUAG